AUGGCUAGAGAACCAGUGAACCACUCAUCCAAGAGUGCAGGCGAUCACCCACCCACUACCAAAAAAAGAAGACGGAAAACUAUAAAAUCGUGCACUUUUUGUCGACAACGCAAGUUGAAAUGCGAUCAACAGAAACCCAUGUGUGGGGCGUGUGCAGCGCGAAAAUUGCCUGAGUGCGUUUAUACCGACGGUUUCAACUUCCAAUUGACUUCUGACGAGCUUUUCAGCAAGCAGCCCAACGUGACGCUUCUUCGACGCAUUCGUGAGCUUGAAGAGGCACUGGACAGAGCUACACUGGAGGACGACACGGUUGCAGAGACCGAGGGUGCAAAUUGCAGUAGUGGGAACAGUGGAAACAGUGGAGACAGUGGAAACAGUGGGAAGAGUGGGAACAGUAGUUACAGUGCACAUAGCGGUAAUAGUGCUCCCACUUCGCACAGUGGUAAUAGUGCUCCCAGUGCUCCCAGUGCUCCCAGUGGACACAGUGGACACAGUAGUAAUUGUGGCACCUUGGGCGACACCGGCAGCAGCAGCAAUACCAGCAACUGGUGCCCCGACGGGCAUUCAGACAUCCCUGCAAGCGUCCUUAAUCCCGGCGAGGUUCUUGGCAAAAAAGACCUGACCGACUUUUACGUUUUACGCGAAAAAGAUGGUCGCCACAUCUACUAUGGUCCCACGUCUAUCAGGGCCGUCAUUACCGCGUCCGGCGACCGGUUUGUGGCCGAGUACGUUAAGGUAUGGCGCAAAGUGAAGUCAGAGCUAGACGCUUGGAAAAACGUGCAUGGUGGCCUCAUUACCAUGGACUAUAGCUCACUCGAGUACGCGGGCAGUGGCAGUUUGAUCAAUUCCAUUUUACCAGACCUUCCGCCCUACGAGACCAUAGAAUCCCGACUGCUCGAGUUUUUCGACGAUCCCCUGCACACCUACUAUCAAUUUCUUGAUAAAGACAAAGUGCUUCGGGAUUUUUCGCGAUGUUUUGUUCCUGGCUACAUCGCCGCCAAGGGUAAUGAUAACGUCCCCAGACGACAGGUUGCAAUGGUCUUGACCGAAGACAAGAAGAUGUUUUUCAUUAUUGGUAUCGUACUCAUGAUUUUGAGUCUUUUGCAUUACAAGAAGAAUAUUCCAACUUCAUUUCAGAGACUGAGCAUUUCACUAUUAGGGUUUACAACUGCAAAAUCUUUAUAUGUGGAAAGAGCGCAAUUUCUACUUCUGGUAUACAUGGUUCGUGUUUACAAUGGUCUCAGUGGAAGCGGCUGCUCUCAUUUGGUAUCCUUAUCUACACUGCUGUGUUCCACUUCUAUGAGUUUAGGUCUGCAUAAGGAUAUCGACCAACUUUAUGCGCAUCAAAGUGCCGAAGUUGGGUCUUUGACCUCUCUGAAAAACCUAUGGUACUGGACCCUCUUUGUGGACUUGAACGUAUCUUUCGACAUUGGCUCACCCAUGGCCAUUUCAUCAGCCCACUAUGAUGACUCCCGCUUGGUAACUUUCGAUCGUGGACGGAUCGCGUUGUUACGAAACUUCCUGUUUGUGGGCAGAAAAUGCAUGCAUGCGAUAUUUGACACCGUCCAUCGGCCCCCGAUGAUGACGCUCGUAUCGCAGUUGACCGACUUCAUCGAGGGAUCCUUCAAGCCUCUAAAGUAUUAUACUGAUUCGUCGCUUAUUUCGGAGGUCGACCUUUUCGAUAUCAUGAUCUUAUCUCCUACAAUGGCAAUGAUCACCAACUUUUACGAUCUGACACGAGUUUCUGAAGAAACGAUCACAAUAUCCAUAAAGAACGGAUUUUUCAAAUCUAUGCUCAUAGGAACUGCCAUCUCUGUGAACACCAUCCUAAGGUGCUAUGCGCUGGAUGAAGAGCGGUUGCCGUCCUCGCACUUGCAACAGAGUAAUAUUUUGACUCCUUCGCUGAAUUUAUGCGUUCUUCUUCUAGGAUCGCUCCCAACACGAAUGCUAACGGAACUAUACGGACUUCUGUUUUACAAAAUAACUCUGUUUGAGAAGGGGCUGAUAGUCUCCAUGGAUGAGGGUAUUGUGGAUGGGCCGUCGCUAGACGAUCUGUCUGUUCCUGACGGACUCUUUUUGUCGUUCCGCGGCAGCUUUACAAAGUUUUGCUCUAUUUUCGACGAGCUGUGGAAGCCUGAACAUGCCAAAAUGACUCGCAUGUUGUGGAACUCGCACUAUUAUGUUAUCAUGAUGGCUCUGGAACGUGUGAAUCGUACGGUUUUCCAAGUAGGCUUGGAUAGCAGAACCCGGGUGGAGGUAACCCACAAUUGGCCAUCGGUAGGAAACGAAGAGGUUCCCGACGAUGUUGUCAAGAUGUUAGCAGAUGAGGUAUGGAACAGUUACAGUAACGGAUUUACGGAUUUGAUUGAGAUGGAUGCUGGAGAUUUUAUUACAGACUUCGACAUGCUCACUGAGGAGUAG